AUGUGUUCUAUGUCAUUUAACCAAAAUGCCAACGACAACUACUCUCCAUCUCUCGUUCCCGCUCUCUCCUCGCUCACUCGCGCGUCGCGCGGGACUGAUGAGAUCUCAGCUAUACUUCUUUUUCGACUGAACCAGUACACUUCCUUUCUCCUCACUCCACUCACCCGCUGCUCACCCGAAGUCGAUCGCCGGCGACGAUUUCCGAUCAUCAUGUCCUCCUCCUCCUACGGCCGCACUUCAAAUGUUCCGGCGAACCUGUUUGAGGUGAGGGAGCUCAACGACGAGUCGGAUUUCGAAACUGUCGUCUCAGCCGACAGUCGUUUCUCCGUCUGUGGCUUCGGUUCCCUCCUCUCUGAAAGAAGCGCGAGGAGUACAUUCCCGGACCUCGUCAAUUUCAGACUUGCGAGAUUGAACGGAUUUCGCCGCAUCUUUGCUCAUGUCACUCCAAUUUUCUUUGAGCGUGGAAUCGCCAGGCCAGAAACCAAGGAAAUUUCAAGCCUGAGUGCAGAGCCCUGUGAAGGGGAAAGCCUGAUAGUUACAGUUUUUGAAAUUAAAAAAUCAGAGAUUCCUGCUUAUUUAGAGAGGGAAAUUGAAUAUCGAUUCCUCGCGGUACUUCCUGAAACUCUUGAUGGGAAGCCAUUUGAUAAGCCAGCGGUGCUUUGUGCUUGCUCUAAUGAUGAAGAAUUUAUCCGGGUUCGAUGCAAAGGAAGCAAGGAAAGAUUCUUUCAGCUAUAUGGGCAAUAUAAAAUUGAUAAGAUUUGGCAAGAUGAUAUAUUACCUUGUCGAGCAUAUCUUCGGCACUGUGUGUUAGCAGCAAAGAAUCUCGGUGAUGAAGUGUACGACAACUUCUUGGAUCACACAUUCCUUGGAGACCGUAAAACAACCAUCCGUCAGUAUUUGGCCUCAAAAGGUUCAGGCAUCAUGGAAGAGGAGCCUCCUGAAUCUCUCAAGCUCCGUUAUGGUGGUUGAUGUUCAUAUAUUUUAUAAAUCCCACACACCAUUUUGUUUGUAAGAAUGAGCUAAUAUUAAUGUAAGCUUUUUAUGUCUUUUUUCACAUCAUAAAAUGUAAGCUUUUCACUCUUACACCAGUAAUUUGUACUUUUAAGGACGCAGUGGAAAUUUACCAUUACCAAAACAUUAUUAUAUAUUAAAAUUUGACGACUA